GCCAGCUGCCAGCAGGAAGGAACACCCUGCUACUGCUUCCCUCUCCAGCCCGUGGCGGGUCCCGCUGCCCCCGGGGUGCAGCGCAGUGCCAGGAUGGCUGUUCCAGGGCCUGCGGGGCAGGGGGCCUGCAAUGCUUCCUUCAGCACCUUCCAGGAGCACCUGUGGCCAGUGCUGACGGUGGAGUUCUUCCUGGCCUUCGCCGGCAACGCCGUCGCCAUCUACCGCUUCGUGGCGCACGAGCGCACCUGGCACACGGGCAUCGUGUACUCCUUCAACCUGGCCGUCAGCGGCCUGCUCUACGCCCUCUCCCUGCCCUUCCUGGCCGCCUACUACUACCCGCCCAAGCACUGGCGCUACGGCCCGGCCCUCUGCAAGCUCGAGCGCUUCCUCUUCAGCUGCAACCUGUACGGCAGCAUCUUCUUCCUCACCUGCAUCAGCCUGAACCGCUACCUGGGCAUCGUGCACCCGCUGCUGGUGCACGGGCGGCUGGAGCCGCGCCACGCCAAGCUGCUGAGCGGCGCCGCCUGGCUGCUGGUGGCCGGCCUCUCCGCCCCCACCCUGCACUUCUCGGAGCUGCAGCCCCGGGGGAACUGCACCGAGUGCAUGGGCAGCGCCACGGACGAGCAGCUGCCCCAGUACCUGCCCUACAGCCUCUCGCUGGCGGCCGUGGGCUGCGGGCUGCCCUUCCUGCUGACGCUCCUCUCCUACGCCGCCAUCCUGCGCACCGUCUGCCGCAGCCCCCACAUCACGCCGCUGGAGAAGCGCAAGGUGGGGAGGCUGGUGAGCGUGGGGGUGGCCCUGUACGCUGUCUCCUACCUGCCCUACCACACCCUGCGCAACCUCAACCUGCACCUGCGCCAGCGGGGGCUGCAGGACGCGGCCCGGACCUGCCGGCACGCGCUGCCCGUCCACUCCGCCUACCAGCUCAGCAAGAUCCUGGUCACCCUCAACAUCUGCGCCCACCCGCUGCUCUACGGCGCCCUGGCCGACAGCAUGCGGGGCUGCUGCCGGGCCCCCCGCGGGCAGGACAGGGGCCAGCCGGCCGAGAACAUGGCGCUCCAGGCCCGGGGCUGACACCAGGGCUGCAACCAGACCAUGCAGGGGGUAACAGCAGCUGCUCCGGCUGCCUGACCCAACCUGCCCCAAACUGGGGGGGCAGCUCCUCCCUCCCCCCAGAAAGGGCUGCUUGUGAGACACCCCCGUUACCGCAGCGGGGGCUGGGCUCCUGCGAGAUCAGCCAUUAAAGCAGAGUCUGAGCUGGCUGCGGUGUCCUGUCGCUCUCUUACAGCACCUGGGCCGGCUGCAUCCGCACCCCCUGCCAAGCGGGAGCAGAGCUCAGAGCCGCCUGGUUCCUGUGCCUGUCACCACGGCCCCCCCAGCCCAGCAGGGCCGUGAGCCCCCCCACGCUGCCGACUCUGCGCCCGUCACACGGCGCUGGAGGCGGAGUCAGGCCCCACCACCCCCCGCUUCCUCCCCGGCUGAGACACGCGCAGGGGGGCUGGCCCAGCCC